UUCUAGAUGGUGUUUAGAGGAGCUGGUGAAGAUAAUACAGUGCAUGAAAAACAGCGGACACAGGGUUCUCCCAAUUUUCUACAACGUCGAUCCCUCGGAUGUGAGAAAUCACAUGGGAAAAUUUGGAGAAGCCUUGGCUAAACAUGAAGAGAAUUCCAAGGAGGGUAUGGAGAGGGUGCAGAUUUGGAAGGAUGCUCUCACUCAAGUCACUAAUUUCUCUGGUUGGGAUUCAAGGAAUAAGAACGAGUCUCUACUAAUCAAGCAAAUUGUUAAAGAUAUUUUGAAUAAAUUGUUAUCUUCAUCCGGUAGUGAUACCGAGAAUCUAGUUGGAAUAGAUGCUCGCAUACAAGAAAUGGAAACCUUAUUAUGCUUGGCGUCAGAUGAUGUUCGAAUGGUAGGAAUAUGGGGCAUGGGUGGAAUAGGGAAAACAACCCUUGUCAGAGCUGUUUAUAGUCGAAUCUCCUAUAAAUUUGAAGGUUGCUCCUUUCUUGAAAAUGUUGCAGAGGAUUUAAAAAAGAAGGGCUUAAUUGGGUUGCAAGAGAAACUUCUUUCUCAUCUAUUAGAGGAAGAAAAUCUAAGUAUGAAAGAACUCACAUCUAUAACGGCAAGGCUCCACUCAAAAAAGGUCCUUAUUGUUCUCGAUAACGUGAAUGAUCCAACAAUAUUGGAAUGCUUAAUUGGAAAUCGGGAUUGGUUUGGUCGAGGAAGUAGAAUUAUUAUAACGACUAGGGAUAAACGUUUAUUACUUUCACAUAAAGUCAAUCUUUAUAAGGUUCAUAAACUCAAUGAUGAUGAAGCUCUUGAGUUCCUUGCAUGUUAUUCAUUAAAACACGAACUCCUUCGAGAAGAUUUCCUAGAGCUUUCAAGAGCUGUAAUAUGUUAUGCUCAAGGCCUUCCAUUGGCUCUUACGGUUUUGGGUUCUUUUUUAUUUAGCAUGAGCAAAGAAGAAUGGAGAGAUCAAUUAGACAAAUUAAAAAGUAUUCCUAAUAUGAAAAUUCAUGAAGUUCUUAAAAUAAGUUAUGAUGGGCUAGAUUUUGAGGAGAAGAAUAUAUUUUUGGAUAUUGCAUGUUUCCUUAAAGGAGAGGAUAAAAAUUACGUUAAGGAAAUACUAGACUAUUGUGGCUUCUUCUCAGUUAGUGGUAUACGAGCUCUCGCUGAUAAGUCACUCAUAAGUUUUUUUCACAAUAGGAUAAUGAUGCAUGACUUGAUACAAGAAAUGGGUAUGGAAAUUGUUCGCCAAGAAUCUCAUAAUCCCGGCCAGCGUAGUAGAUUGUGGCUCCAUAAAGAUAUCAACGAUGCAUUGAAAAAAAACACGGAAAAUGAAAAAAUUGAAGGCAUAUUCCUCGACUUGUCUCAUUCACAAGAGAUAAUAGACUUUAGCACUCAAGCCUUCCCAAGGAUGUAUAAACUAAGAUUGCUCAAAGUCUAUGAAUCUAACAAAAUUUCAAGAAACUUUGGAGAUACCUUAAAUAAGGAGAAUUGUAAAGUGCAUUUUUCUCCCAACUUAAGAUUUUGUUACGACGAAUUGAGGUACUUAUAUUUGUAUGGAUACUCUUUGAAAUCAUUGGACAAUGAUUUCAAUGCAAAGAAUCUUGUUCACCUCAGCAUGCAUUAUAGUCACAUUAAACAACUUUGGAAAGGAAUCAAGGUUCUUGAAAAGUUAAAAGUCAUGGAUCUCAGUCACUCCAAGUCCUUAAUAGAAACCCCAGAUUUCUCAAGAGUCCCCAAUCUUGAACGAUUAGUUCUCGAAGGUUGUAUAUCUUUGCAUAAGGUACAUCCGUCUCUUGGAGUUUUGAAUAAACUCAAUUUCUUGAGUUUGAAAAAUUGUGAAAAGCUCAAAAGUCUUCCAAGCAGCAUGUGUAAUUUGAAAUCCCUCGAAACAUUUAUUCUUUCUGGUUGUUCGAGACUCGAAGAUUUUCUUGAGAACUUUGGGAACUUAGAAAUGUUAAAGGAACUUCACGCAGAUGGUAUUCCUGUAAGAGUACUACCCUCCUCUUUUUCGCUCUUGAGAAACCUUGAAAUAUUAUCCUUUAAGGGAUGUAGAGGACCCCCAUCUACCUCAUGGUUGUUGCCAAGAAGAAGUUCAAGUUCUACUGGUUCCAUAUUGCAUCAUUUGUCAGGUUUAUAUUCUUUAACAAGGCUAAACCUAGGUUAUUGUAAUUUAUCAGAUGAAACAAACCUUAGCAGUCUUUGCCUCUUAUCUUCAUUGGAAGUGUUAGAUCUAUCUGGGAACAACUUUGUUACUUUGCCAAACAUCAGGGGACUUUCUAGCCUAGAAGGUCUGUUGUUGGAGAAGUGUAAAAGACUGCAAGUACUGCCAGAACUUCCAUCAAGCAUAUAUAGUUUAAUUGCGCAAGAUUGCAUAUCAUUGGAAAAUGCCUCAAAUCAAGUACUCAAGUCACUCUUUCCAACUACAAAGUCCCCGAAGAAAACUUUCAAGCGUAAUUCGGGUGCACACUUAAUAUAUGUGAUGGUUUAUGGAAGUAGAAUACCAGAUUGGAUAAGGUAUCAGAGCUCAGGGUGUGAAGUAGAAGCAGAUCUACCUCCAAAUUGGUAUAAUUCCAACUUGCUGGGUCUUGCUUUGAGCUUUGUCACUUAUGUUUUCGCAUCUAAUGUGAUUAUUCCAGUAUCGUAUACCUUGCGCUAUUCAACAUCCAGUUACAUUGCUAACCGCAUUAGUAUCAGAUGUGAUAAGGAAGGUGUAGGGUUAGAUCACGUGUGGCUACUUUAUAUAAAACUCCCCCUCUUCAGCAAUUGGCAUAAUGGAACUCCCAUAAAUUGGCAUGAAGUGACUCACAUCAGUGUAUCAUUUGGGACUCAGGUCAUGGGGUGGUAUCCUCCGAUCAAGAGGUGUGGGUUUGAUCUAGUGUACAGUAAUGAUCAAGACGUGAAUCCCCCAGUGAUCCAAUUCAGCUCUAUCUCCUCUCCUCCUCUUCCGAACAAGUCAACAGUAGUCCUUAAAGAAAUCCAUGAGGAGGAACCCAGUGGAAGUGGGUUGUCGAAUGUUGAUGGCUCAGAAUCAGACAGCUCUGAUUACCAAACCGUUGAUGAGGAAGAACCCACUACUGCAAAAGAAAUUGACCGCUCAGAGGAUCACUCUGAAUCAGAGAUGCGGCCGCAGAAACGUUUGAAAUGCAAGCAUUAUGAGGGCAUCCCUUGAUGAUCGGAGAAACAGACCUAAAAAUCUUCCCAUAACAUCAUCUCUUGGUAAUGGAAUAUUGUGGAAGAUGUACCAUGGGGUGUGCAUGUGAAUUUUUUGAAAGCAGAAAGGAGCUUGCACAGGUGGGCCCUUGAGGAUCUUCAGAGAAUUCAUGCUGCUGAGGGUCUGGCUGCUGAUGAGAAGGUGGUGGAGUGGAAAUGCAUGUUCUUGAAGAUGCUGGUCAUUGGGUGCAUGCUGAUAACCCAGAUGGUCUCUUCAGGAUUCUCUCCUCUUCCUUCCAAGGAAUCAAAACCUAACGAACUCCCGAAUUUUCACUCCCGUUCAGUGUCAGCCUUCCUCAAGUUAUAACCAAUCGUUGUUUACCAUCUUCAUACAUUUAGCUUGUUCUGUUCCACAUCCAAUCACGCUUCUUCCUCCUUUGAUGUUUGCACAUAUCCAAAUCAUCUUAAGGGAAAGGUGGAGUCAGAUCACUUGUGGCUGGUUUAUGUACCACUUCCCCACUUCGUCAAUUGGCAUCAAGUCACUCACAUCAAGGCUUCAUUCAGAAUAACCACCUUCAUGCGCCUUAAUGCAAUUAAGGAAUGUGGGAUUGGUCUAGUAUAUGUUAAUGAAGCGGUGAAUUGCUCUGUCUUUUCUCCUCCUCCUAACGAGUCAUCUGUUAUCCUUCAAGAAAUCCAUGAGGAGGAACCUAGUGGAAGCGGGUACUCUAAUAUUGAUGGCUCAGAAACGGAUAACUCUGAUUACUAUUCUGCUGAUGAGGGGGAACCCACUGCACCCCUGCUGUAAGGAUCACUCUGAAUUGGAGAUGUGGCCAGAGAAACGCUUGCAAUGCAGCCAUUAUCAGAGCAUCCCUUGAUGAUGAGGAUCCAGGCAGACAAAUGCUUGAUAUCCACCCAAAUCUUCUCAUAUCAACUCUUGGUGAGCUGUGUGCUUCCUUUGUUUCUUUUCCUGAAACUGACUUUGAGUUGUUCAGCAAAAUACUUUGAUUUCUAAUAUUCUGGAAACAUAUCAUAACUAUUGGAA